AUGUCAUCAAAACGAAUGGGAAUGGUGAUGGUACAUAUUUGUGGUACACAUAGGCAUUUUUUUCGUUUGGUGAUUAUUCCUGAAGUUUGAUAAAAUAAAAGUAAUAUCUUAUUAUAUUUCUUCAUAUAUUCAGUAGACCGGUAUGGCUCCAAAGGAAAAGGAUAGUAAAGAUGGAAAGGUUUGCUAUGUUUUACUCACCAUGUUUUCAAAUAAUGAAAAUAUUUGUUUGUAGCCUAUCAAAAUUAAUAAAUGGGAUGGAUCGGCAGUAAAAAAUGCGCUUGAUGAUGCAGUUAAAGAAGUACUUACACACAAAUAUGGCUAUGUAGAAAACUUUGCAUUGAUGGAUGGCAGGCUGCUUAUAUGUGGAAUUGCUGUGGGUGUGGCAACAUUUGCAUUGUUGUGGGAUUACUUAUACCCAUUCCCUCAAUCAAAGCCUGUUUUAAUAGCCUGUGUUAGCACAUACUUUGUGAUGAUGGGCAUUUUAACACUAUACACAACUUACAAGGAAAAAGGAAUUUUUGCUGUGUGUAUUCAAAAGGAUGGUUCUAAGAAGGGCAGUAUCUGGGAGGCAAGCUCAUAUAUGGCAAGAUAUGAUGAUAUCUACAACUUGGUGCUGGUUUUAGCAGAUGGAAAGACCAACAAAAGACGUGAAGCAAGUUCCAAAAAGAGCAUCGGCUACUUUAUUGAUGUGAAUGGCAGUGUAGUGACAGAGCUCAUUGAUGCUGAAGUGACAAGGUUACAUAACUCGCUGUUGAGUGAGCGUAAAGAGAAGUAGUAAAUGUAGAAGUUCUGAAUUGCUUGAUGUGUGUUUAUAAGUUUUGGUGGUAUUAUUUUCUAUCACUUUUUUAAUAUACUAUAAACUUUAUUAUAUUAUGUAAGAAAAGAAGAAAAUAGAACUCCUAUGAAAAAAAUCGUCUGCGUCAUUCAUUAUCCGUGUAUAAAGAAAGGAUUAAAUGAUUAUGAAAGCAUCUGAGAAAAGAUUUUAUUGAAAAAAUCAAUAAUAUUUUCGGAGCGAAAAGACAUUCGUUACGUUUCGUACAGAUUAAUGUAUGACUGCAUAAAAUGUAUUCUUCAGAUUUUAUCAUCUAGAAAUCUUAGUUUUGAUUCGAACUCUAACCUUCAACAUGUUGAGUCAUACUUUAAUCAAAACCUGUACAACACUGAAAACACGAAUGCGAAUCUAAUCAUGUACAACAGGGCUGUCCAACUUAAUGUGGCCCAAGGGUCACUUCAAAAAAAUGCAGUUUGGAGUGC